GUUGAUUUUUUUUUUCGUUUGCUAUUGCGAUCCUUGCGCUGGACUCGGUGGAGGGGGCUCCGAUGCUCACCAAGUGUGAAAUGGAUAAAACUCGUUGUAAUUUCUAAAAAUCUAUCAUUUUAUUGCUUCAUAGUGUUUAGUGAUAACAUACGAUAAGAGAGCUGCUCCAAAUGAACAGCAGAUAAAAAGCGUGCGUCUACCGAUUCCGUGCUGAACAGUUACUUGCAACUGUUCAAGGACUUCAGUUCGGCCUCCGAGAAGCCCCGCAAGUGUGUAGUGACUUAGGUGUCAAGUGCUGCCGAGGCCUCUGAAAAAAGUGUGUCGGACUGUGUGCAAAAGCAAUCAAAAAUGUUUCUGAAAAAAGUGGUCUCGAUCCUGGUCAUCUGCAUAGUGACCCAAAGUGCGCUGGCCGAAGAAAGCAAAGCAUCCACGGAAAAUGUCCUGAACGAGCUCAGCUGGUCCUGUGCGAAUAAUGCCACCUGCGUAACCCGGGUGGCACGUGAUGUGGUGCUGAAACUGAAGAACGGAAAACCACUGGACUUCGGAGCAUUCAGCGUGGAACCGGUCGAGCGCAUCCCGUUGACCGUCGAGGGACGAUCCUCCCGGGCCUUGGACUUCUUCAGCAGCAAUGCGCUGAAGUUCCCACUUGGACCGAUGGUCGUCAACAUCGAACGCUCCUCGGAUUAUCCCAACUUUAUCGAGGUUUCUCUGCUCAGAAAGGCCGAUGGAGCACGAGGCAGAACCCGCAAGCACAUGCGCUUCUUCGUGCCAGCUUUCCUGGUCUUCAGCCAAAUCGGCUGGUACGCGCUCGCCAUCGCCGGUGUCAAGCUGCUCGCGAUUAAGGCCUUUUUAGUCGCCAAAAUUGCCCUAAUUGUCGUUGCAGCGAUGACCUUCAAGAAACUCCUGGAACCAGUCGCCGUCCUGCCACCGUCGUACUUUGACCAUCAGGAACCGUACCUGAUGCCGUACAGCAUGGACUUCCACCACGGAUUCCCCGGCGCUGGACACGACAUGUACCCGAUGGGACUGGGCGCCCACCUGGGACACCACGACGGCCCCUCAGCUCUGCACGCCGCCGAAGGUGGACUUGGUGCCGCUAGCAACGUCAACGCCGUCGUCGACACGAACCAAGCCGCGGACAAGUCGGCCACCGUUGGAUCGUCCACCAGUGGAGCGUCCUCGCCGGCGGCCAGCAACAACGACCAACGUCAUCACUUCCCCGGAGGCAAGAUCAAGCGACAGGACUUCUACCCGGCAGUGGUGGCCCAGACCGGAAAGUACUACUGAGAUAGGACGGAAGACUAAACUAACGUCUGAGCAAAACCCCCGGAACUGACUUCAGAAGAGUCAGUCAAGAGAAGCCAAAUCCACCCGAAGUUAGGAGAUGAACCAGAGAAGCAGUAAGAAGUAGUAGAUGAAGAAGAAGUAGAAGCUAACGCAGAUUUCUACCUCCAAGUCCAAGUCGCGCCGCCGCCACCCAUCCCUGAAAACCAUACCUCCCUCCCCCCAUAAAAAAAUGACGAUGAUUAUUCCCGGAGAGAGAAAGAUCGUGAACCACCCUUAUCAGAAGCUGAUAGAGAACUGUUUAGUACGUAGUCAUAGUAUUUAUGCUGGGCUUUGGCCCGCUCCUGCUACCCCCAAUGCAGGUCCGACCCGAAGCGUUUUCAACUCUGUUGUACAAUUAAUUUCAAUCGCGCCUCCGCUGUAGAAUGCUAUUUAAAACUAAUUAUUUAUUUAUUUAUUAAAGAACUGGGAAAUUGAAAAUCAUAAAA